GAGGUUUUCGUAUAAAAGACCCCAGGUUGGGUAGUACAGCAAACAGUUCAAACUAACAACUCGUACAACAUGUUCAACAAGACGUUCCUCGUGGCCCUCAUGCUGUGCGCCUGCUUCCUUGGCGCCACCUUCGCACGCCCACAAUUGCAAGGUUUACCUGCAGGUCAGCUACUCGGAAAUCCUGCUUCCCUUGCUACUGGUACCCUUGGCUCCGUUGGACAAACGGUCGGGGGAGCCGCUGGUAGCCUCACUGGCGGCCUGGCUGGUGGCGGCCUAGGUUCUUCUCUGGGCACUUCAUUGGGAAAAGGUCUGGGAGUCUGAAUGACAAAAGCACCAAACAUGAUCGAACGCGUCAAUUCCUAAUCCAAAUACUUAUAAUAUUAACUAAAACUUAAUCUAUUUAAAUGUGUACACCUUUUGUUGUCUAAUAAAACAAAUUUGCAUGCCUAAA